AUGCCCCCGGUCACUCGCUCCAUGCGCCGCAAUCUUCCCACCUUCCUCCAGGAGUCGUCAACUCGCCAGUCAACCACGUCUCCGCCGCUGCGUCUCAGCGAACCCCCUCGAACUGGCUACCCCGGUCUCCUCGACUGGAUCACCAUCACCCCGGCUCUCAUAUGGGACCAUGCCAAGCAAACCGAUGCCAUCAACGAAUUCUUCGACCAGCUACAGGGCUAUAGCUCCGUCAACCUCCGACUCCGGCGUUCCCGCCCCCUCGAAGCCCCGAACACCGAAUAUCUCAUGAUCGAAUGGAGCCACGCUUCCACCCGAGCCAAAUUUCUUGACUCCGACGACUACACCUCGUUGAUGAAUCUCCUCGGACGAUUGACACAGGGUAGAUCCGUGCACCUCUCCUUGGUCGAUUUCUCGUCCACGAACACGUACGCCUUCCACCCUGACAAACGGGGCCCCGUCGACCACUUCGAGCUCCUGAUGGUCGACUUCCCCGGCAACCUGUCCGAGUCACAACGAAACGAAAUCUCGCACCGGAAUGGUCCGUUCAGUCUGCGCGGCUGGUUCCCCGGGCAGCCGUACGAGGAGAUCGAGCCGCUUCCGCUGCACCAGUUGGUUGACUGGACGUGUGGGUGGCUGGUUGACACCACUGGUGCCGGUGCUGCUGCUGUGGAUUUCCGGGGCCAUCGCGGCGCGCAGUGCCUGGUCUACUUUCUGCGGUGGAAUGGGUGGGCCGGGGAGAGGCGCUACAAGGCGAUUCACGAGACGCAUCCGGUGGAUUGGUGGGGGGAGUUUCUGGCGCGGUUGGAGGAGUUGGGGAUGCUGGGGUGGGAGAGUCAGCAUGUGCGGUUUGAUCGGCGGUCACAUUAG